AUGAUAGAAAUCCCUAUACCUUCGUCCGAGCCUCUUCUCGCUCUUUCCCGUCAAUCGUCCCAUCUCCGAAGUCAUUUACAAACUCUACUUGAUGCGCAAAGUGAGGGCCUGGUUGCUGGUCUGGGAUCAGGACCGUCAGACUCUGUAACAUCUGCCAGUAGCGACAGAACGCCAACAACAGCCGCCUCCGACAACAAUCUUGCCAGAUCUCAACGCACCUUACCUGUUCGCCAGCCUAAGCCAAGAAAGAUCAGUCUUCGGGCUGCCAGGCGUGGCAUAAGCAGCACAAUGGGAAAGCUAUCUCAGGUAAAAGCGACUGAAGCUGAGCUCCUGACCUCGGAUAUUUCCUCGCGAGAAAAUGCCCUUUCAUCCGUGGACCUCCUCACUAAUAGAACCAUCGGCCUCCGGGCCGAGAUCGAACGCAUCGAAUCCGAACCCUCAAAUAUCCGGAUCAAGGACCUCAAGCAGGGCGAAAAGACCCUUGAUUGUGAAAUCCACGAGCUCGAAACCAGACUUUACGAGAUGAAAGCACGUCAGCGACACAUGCUGCGUGAAAUCUCGUCCCUGGAAAGUCGCGUGCAAAGCAAGUUGAGUUCCUACAAAAGUUCCUUAGAGCUUGCAGAGGAGGACGCGAGAGAGUUCCUCGCGCGACCUCUAAUCGACAUAGAGCCAUGGAGGUCAGCAAAGAGAGGGUUGUGGGCAUUACCACCUGCUCGGCGGACCCUGGAAUUAGUCCGUGAGCAGUGGAUGGAGGAGCAGCAGACACUAGACAGAGAUUUGAAAAGCGUGGUGAAGGAAAAAACGGCAUUUGACGAGGGCGCUGGGGUAUGGGAAGACGUCGUCAAGGAGGUAUCGGAUAUCGAGAGGCUUCUGCAGAAGGAGAUGUCAAAACUAAAUCGACCAUCAGAAAGUGCGGACGAGGCUGCUAGUGGCAUGCAGAGGGUGUUGAAAGGCUUGCGGAUGACAGAAAAGAGCCUUGCUGCUCAUUUGGAGACGUCUCAGGAGAGGGAAUGGAAGCCUUUGAUAUGUUGUGUAGGCGCCGAAUUGGAAGCAUUGGCGGGCGCCAGAAGCAUGCUCUAUGGGAUUUUUGAGGCUUCGAGGGGAAGCUAUGGAAGUCUUACGCGGGAAAACUCUGGGUUGGAGAGUAGAUCCGAGGACGAGGACAACGAGCCUGGGCCAGAACUCUUGGUGGAACAUUAUGACACGUGA